AAAAGGGCCUGACCAAUCUUGGAGAGAGAGAGAGAGAGAGAGAGAGAGAGAGCAGUUGAUCAUUUCAAUAUUGCUCUACCCAUAUAAGCCCUCCAAACCAUUGUCCAUUUCCACCACCCAAUCUAACAAACCUCAUUUCCUACCUUAUUAUUCAUUUCAUCAAACCCCUCUAAACUUCGUUGGAUAAGCAGCAGCAGCAGCAACAACAAGAACGCCACCGCGGAGUCGAUGAUUUUGAGCCUUUUAUGAGCAAGAAGAUUGAGGUGAUAAAGAAAUGACGGUUCAGAAAAUCGCGUGGAGAUCGUUCUUGCCCAAUUUUUGCGUUUCCGAUCAGAACCCAUCGCCGAAGCCCAAAAAACCUGCGGUUUCUAAGCAGGCUUCGUUUCAGAGGCUUUCGGCAUCGGAUUUGAGCUCUUCGACGCUUUCGGAGGACCUUUCCAUUUCGUUGGCGGGAUCAAACUUGCACGUUUUCACGGUCGGGGAGCUUAAAGUAAUCACGCAGAGUUUCUCGUCGAGUAAUCUUCUCGGUGAAGGCGGGUUCGGGCCGGUUCACAAGGGGUUCAUCGAUGACAAGCUAAGGCCUGGGUUGAAGGCUCAGCCUGUGGCUGUUAAGCUCUUGGAUUUGGAAGGAAUGCAAGGUCAUAGAGAAUGGCUGACAGAAGUGAUAUUUCUUGGGCAACUGAGGCAUCCACAUCUGGUGAAGCUAAUUGGAUAUUGUUGCGAGGAUGAACACAGACUGUUAGUGUACGAAUACAUGCCUCGUGGCAGCUUGGAAAAUCAACUAUUUAGAAGAUAUACGGUAUCACUUCCAUGGUCAGCCAGAAUGAAAAUAGGUCUUGGGGCUGCUAAGGGCCUAGCCUUCCUCCACGAAGCCGAGAAGCCGGUUAUAUACAGAGAUUUCAAGGCUUCAAACAUUUUGCUAGACUCUGACUACACUCCCAAACUCUCGGAUUUUGGACUCGCGAAAGACGGACCAGAGGGAGAUGAGACGCACGUUUCUACGAGAGUCAUGGGCACGCAAGGCUAUGCUGCUCCCGAAUACAUCAUGACCGGUCACCUGACAGCAGCAAGCGAUGUGUACAGCUUCGGAGUCGUGCUUUUGGAGCUCAUAACGGGCCGAAGGUCCGUCGACAAAAACCGGCCUCAAAGGGAACAGAAUUUAGCAGAUUGGGCCAGGCCUCAAUUGAAGGAUCCGAGGAAGCUGAGACGGAUACUGGAUCCGAGACUCGAGGGACAAUACUCCGAAAUGGGGGCCCAAAAGGCAGCCCAAUUAGCUUACCAAUGCCUCAGCUACCGGCCCAAGCUUAGGCCCACGAUGAGCUCUGUGGUCGAGACCUUAGAGCCUCUCCAGGACUUUGAUGACAUCCCAAGUGGCCCGUUCGUGUACACAGUUCCUACUGAUUUGCAAAAGGAAAAUGCCAAGGAUGAGAGCCGAGGACAAAGGGAGAUGAAGAAAGACAGAGAGAGUGAUAGACAUCGGAACCACCGCGAGCGUCGGAACCACCGGACGAGGUCGCCGAAAUCCCAAACCAUGUACUCGGAAAGUACUGCUCUUAAACAAAAUUUGAGAAAUGGUUUGAACUCCCCCGUUACACCGGAGAAUUAAGAAGACAUGGACUGGUGGUAACUAGUAACUGUAAAUCACAAAUGUAGAUAGAUAGUUGUUCAAGGGAGUUGUUUUUUUAUUGGUGUUGGAAUUUUUUAAUUCAAAUUAGUUUUUUUUUUUUUUGUCUGCCUUUUGCGUUAUUGGAAAAGUAAAGUUUUGUGUUCUAAAUGAAAACAUACUGAUACUGAAUGAUAAUGUUUGUGGUUAAUUACCCGUUAGACU